AUGGCACGAAAAAAUGCAUCCCUACAGUCUACAAAUGCAUCCUUACAGGAACAAACAGCUGCUUCAUCUCGAGUGUUUCAGCAUGUGCGAAGUGCAGCUGUGUCAACUGCUGCAAAUAUUAUUCAUUCACCUUCGGCAUCUGUAAGUCAAGUGAAUCUUGCACGUAUUGCAUCAACUGACAGGAUGUCUAGUGAAAAUGCCAGUAUCGGAAGACCAUUUAUUGGUGGGACAAUGGUCAAUAGUUUGACAGACAAUAACAUUUUUGCUGGUGAUAGAGCAGGUGAAAAUACUGCAGGAACAUACGCUAUGAAACUAGACAUAAUUAUUGAAAAUCAAGAUGAGAUUAAGGCGAUGCUGAGAAGUCUUGUGGCUGUUAGCGGGGAUGAUGUUUUGGACAGUGUGUUUCCCAGGAAGAUGAAAAAUAAACAUGAAUUGCGACAGCUUGAAAUAAAGUUAAAGGAUCCUAGUUAUUGCAAAAAAAUGAUACAAUGA